UCUUUUUUCUGACCCUGAUGUCCUCUUGGUUCUCUCUCUGACCCUUCACCCCUGUGUGUGUGAGAGAGAGAGGGUAGAUGAGAGUGGUGUGGGGCUCGUGGCUCAGUUUGAGGAGACUCAGUCAUGUGUUUUCUGUAGGCUCAGGCACAUGCACCCUCACCUCAGCCAGCAUGUGUCUGGUCCAGUUCCGCCGGCGGGGAGCCGAGGGAAGUGCGAAGGUCGGUGUGGAGAGCACGAACGGCAUCGUCGACCUGAAGGCGUUGGAUCAGACCGUGCCGUCCACCAUGAGAGAGUUCUUGGAGCUGGGAGAGAAGGGCAUAGAGUGUGCUCAGAGGUGGGGCAGACUUCAUGGACUCACUUAUAUGUAAUCUUUUGGCUGAUAUCCAAAACAGCUUUCAGUCCUUAAGGUUUAGAUCAGGUUUAGCUGACUAAAUUUAGUCUAUAACUAACAACUAAAGGACUGAAACAUGAUAAAACAUUGUCCUGUUGUCUAAAGAUCAAUAUUAGCUGUUAAAAUGUACCUCCAGUAGUCAGUAUCAGUUACCCAACAAAAUGUUCUUGGCAUUGGUGGAAAUCAUGCUUUUAAAAAAAACUCUGAUAAUGUCUCUAAACAGACAGUGAGCCACUAGAGGGAGCUAAUCGCUCACAGGAAGUGGGUUAUUUGUGUAAAACAGCUUUUGCCAGCGUACAACUUGUGAUUUGUUGAUGAAGGGGUGAAAAUUUUACAGCAAAGUGUAAAAUCUGCUUCUGGUUAAAAGUCUCGAGACUUCUCCUUAAGUCACAUUAUAAGUACAGUUUUUAUAUU